CCCGGGCAGUGCACUGCGAGCGUCGCUGCGAUGUGGGUCCCGCUGCUGCUGCUCUGCACCGGGGCUCUGCUCCUGGGAGCGCCGGCCCGUAGCUCCGCCGACGUGUCCGUGAACUCUUUAGAGACGUUCCGCUUCAAGGCAUGGAUGUCACAGCACCAGAAGAAAUACAACUCGAGGGAUUACCCCCACAGAUUGCGGACUUUCCUCCAUAACAGGAGCAAGAUGAAGGCUCACAAUGCCGGCAACUACACAUUUCAGAUGGGACUGAACCAGUUUUCAGAUAUGAGCUUCUCUGAGUUCAAACGCAAAUACCUCUGGUCACAGCCUCAGAAUUGCUCAGCCACCAAAGGCAACUACCUUCGGGGAUCAGGCCCAUAUCCCCCGUCUGUGGACUGGCGGAAGAAAGGAAACUUCGUCUCCCCAGUGAAAAAUCAGGGUGCCUGUGGCAGCUGUUGGACCUUCUCCACCACAGGGGCCCUGGAGUCUGCUGUGGCCAUUGCAGGUGGGAAGCUGCUGUCCUUGGCAGAGCAGCAGCUGGUGGACUGUGCUCAGGACUUCAACAACCAUGGCUGUCAGGGGGGUUUGCCCAGCCAGGCCUUCGAGUACAUCCACUACAACCAGGGCAUCAUGGGCGAGGACAGCUAUCCCUACCAGGGCAAGGAUGGUAACUGCAAAUUCCAACCCGACAAGGCCAUUGCUUUUGUGAAGGACGUUGCCAAUAUCACCCUGAACGAUGAAGAGGCCAUGGUGGAGGCAGUGGCUCUUUACAACCCUGUCAGCUUUGCCUUUGAAGUGACGAGUGACUUUAUGCACUAUAAGAAGGGCAUCUACUCCAGCAAUUCUUGUCAUAAGACUCCAGACAAAGUUAACCAUGCAGUAUUGGCUGUGGGGUACGGAGAGGAAAAUGGGAUACCCUACUGGAUUGUGAAAAACUCUUGGGGUUCCCAGUGGGGAAUGAAUGGGUACUUCCUCAUCGAGCGGGGCAAGAACAUGUGUGGGCUGGCAGCCUGCGCCUCCUACCCCAUCCCACAGGUGUGAGACCCCAUCGCUGGACCUCAAAGGAGACCUGUGAUGCAGCUCUGUGGGAGCACAAGAUUUGCAUCUAGCUUCCCUGGGCCCAACCCAGGCACCAGAAAGGGAAAAAAGGAGAGACAAAGAGACAAGCCUCCCAUCAAGUGGCCAACAGCCCCGCAAGAGCGCACAUGCAAAGAACAGCCUUCUUUCCAGACUGCUUCCCUUAGUUUUGCAGGGCGUUCCUGGGGAGACUGCGUUUUCUCAAUAAAACCGAGUGCACCUCC